UUUUUUUUGUCUCUGUUUAGCUUGUUGUGGUAUUGGGUGCAUGGUGUAUGGGUGGUGGAGGUUUCAGUUGCCCUGUGGUCACGGGGUCGGAGUGAGUUUUGCAAGUUUGAGUAGUUUGUUGUGGGAGUUAUUGAGGUAUCUGGUUUUGGAGGCGCCGGGGUUUUUUUAGGUAGUGUGCUGUUGAGAAGGGAUAAGGUGUGCAUAUGCUGGUGAGAAAGCGUGUGGUCUUUGCUCUUUCUUUUAUUUUCAUUUUCUUUUCUUUUCGAAUUUGAUUGUGUUCGCGGCGAAUUGACAGUCUUAGAAUUAGAAGCUCGACGUUCCGUGAGCUUGAUGCCUCUGGCUGAGGAGAGGAUUUAGUGGGAAUGACCUGCAUUUUUGUAUUCUCGCUAUGGACAGCUGAUAGCGCAAUGACACCCAGAAUUAUCAGCAUUGUGACGGGACAGGUCUUGAAUGAGCAUACUUGCUACAUGAAAGCUGGAGAGUUGUUAAAACACAGCAUUGUUGUUUUCUCGUCGCAAGUGGGUUUCCACGUCGGACAUGUCACCUUUCCAGUCUCGAAAUGUCGUGUAUUUGUGCCUUGAAUAAAUUCCCCAGGAAUUUGACUUGGUUGGAAGAAUGUAAAGAUAACAGAAAGUGAGACCUGAACACACUCCAGUGUAGCAUUAUUUUAAACCUCAAACUCUUUCUGUUUCGAUUAUGCAUUUGACGACCUUGGUGUGGAAGGAGUAUGCAUUUGGAGACAAGCACCUCUCAGCAAUGCUUUUUGGCGGAUUCGUAUGGAGCAGACUCAUAAUCUUACGGGCGCAUUGCGAAUCAGUGGAGGUUCAGUAAAAUUGGCAAUGCGCACCAGGGGCUCGAAGAUCACUUGUGUACUCCCCAACGCUUCCUUCUCAUUCUGAAAAGACUAUGGUUUUUUCUGCUCAGAGUGACGUGACUUAAAGCAACUUCCCCUCCCGCCGCCACCGCCGCCCCCCCCCUCUCUACUUGUGUGGGUGUUUCGAAUCAAAUAUCAGGUAUGGCGUUUGAGAUUGCCAGAGUUCAUGGGCUUAUAAGCUCAAGGGUCGGAGACGAAGGUGGGUUCAAAGCGCUUCAGAAGGAAGGUCUUGCGGCUGGAGACAACCAGGCCUACUCACAGUCCUGCAGACCACUGGGAGCUCAGCCUCACCCACACGACUUAGCCGACCUUUCGUAUUAUUUUCGAGGUUACGACCAACGUGGGGAUGGUAAUAGUUGGCCACUGGAGUCGUUGUCAUCUUGCUCCACUGAGACCGAGAGUGAUGAAGAAGGUGACCUCUUUCAGGGUUUGGCCAAGCAGGUUGCGCAUUCCAUGCUUGGUGAAGAGAAAACUUCGGAUCAUGUUGGAAUUCUCCGGGAUAAUGGCUACUCUGAGGGUCAACUGUCACCUUCCAGUUGGUCAAGCGGAAGCUGGUCGUCUAGAUCCCAGCUUACGGGCAGCCGAAGUAGCUCUAAAGGUUCUUCAAGGGUGUCAUCCCAAGUCUCUUCACCCUCGUCUGCGCCUUCAUCUGGCUAUCAGGAUGCUUGGGAAACUCUUUACGCAGCAGCUGGAGAGGUUGUACGAUUGAAAAUGAACGAGGGAAAGAAGAAUUCGAGGUCAUCUCCCUCGAAUCUUCUGGACUCGGGUCUACGAAAUCGUGUUCCUCAGCUUACUCGACAAUCUGGACAGAUGGGGGGAAGGACAUUACUGUCUUACACGCACAGGAAGGACGAAAAUCCGAUGGCUAUCAAUCAGGCCGAACGCAACUGGGCUAUGAAAUAUGAAGCAACGAUUGUUCCAGACAACCAAGGACAAUCCUGUCGCACCCAGUGCUAUCAGUACGAACAAGCAUACCACGCAGAUGCACAACGAGGUGUCAACAACUAUACUCGUCCAGGGAAAAUGGUCGAUAGUAAGACAAUGCAAAGGACUCGUCGUCCUGUUAUGAACGGGGGCUCCAGUAUGCGUGUCGUUUUCCUGGGAGCCAAUACUCGUCGGGAGUCUGGAACUGGAGUAUUUUUACCCCGCGUGUUUGUCCAGAAGAAGCCUCCCUCAUCGAGGCAGAAUGAAAAUUCACCUACAGCUACUGUACAUGGUCGUGUGUCAAAUGCACACAGGCAUGCCGAAAUCCCAAGAGAAGGGGUAUGGCCCACUCUGCAAAAGAGCAUGAACCGAUCAAGUCUACGCCAACCCGCGGUUCAUGAGCCUUGCCUCCCCAUCGAGUGGACCUACUAGCAACGAUGGUUUCCUUCAGACAUCCCGGCUUUCACAAUAGCAAUGUGGAUGGCCAGCUAGCUAGUCAAAUCAUCUGCAUCCUUUCAUGGUCCAGGAGGACACUUUUUUUUUUUUUACCAUUACAGAGCAGUAAUUUUGCGGCAAUUACCGAUUUUGUCAGGGGCUUUGACCUUGCUUGUAUAGGUGCUAAGCUCAGUUCAGUGCUAGAAAACAGACCAGGCUCGGAGUAUGCUGUACAUUAGUCAAAAAAAUACUCAGAAGGAACUUCUGUUCCUUCGUGGGCAGACAUUUUUCUUAACACCAACAUAGGAACUACACGAAUAAGGUGAACCCUCUGCAGGGAACUUUGUCACUGAAAUAAUUUGCCGCGUCAAUAAACAACACCGUCGGACCAGUCACUUAAGGUCUCUUCAACCGGCUUUGUA